GGCCGGCGCUGCGAGGCGAGGGUGAAGGCCUCCUUCGCGCCAUUAUCGACGCCAAUAAGAUGUCAGAACGUAUCUCAGCGCAGCGUCUUGGCGCCGAGGCUGAAGGAGCAGUUCCCAUCGACCACCCGAUGCCUGCUGGCGACGACGACGAAGAUUACAUAGACACUGGGGCUGCUAUUCUAGCCUUCUACUGCACCUUAGUCGACCUGAUGGGUCGCUGCGCCCCUGAGGCCAAUGUCAUUGCCCAGGGCAAGAACGACAGCCUGCGAGCACGCGCCAUCCUCCGCUCUCUAGUACCCUUAGAGGACCUCCAGGGUGUUUUGUCGCUGCGCUUCACUCUGUCGACGACAGCGGCGGAGGAAGGCCGCAGCGACAUCCCUCCCGGCCUGAUCCCAGCACACAAGCAGAGUGUUGUGCUCUUCUUGGAGCGUGUCUACGGCAUGGACAAUGUGGAGCUCUUCUUCCGUCUCCUGGAGGACGCCUUCCUGCCCGACCUCCGCGCCGCCACCUCGCUAGAUAAGGUUCCUCAUGCUUACAUAACUUCUUUACUCUACAUAACCAAUUUUGAUAGACAUCAGAUUAUGUAG